AUGGUCUAUCAACUUGAGAUUCGAAAGCUGGACCUGGAGGAGAAGAAACUACAAGUGGAGCAGGAGAGAAUGGCCUUAGAGGCUCCUGUCAAACGUAUGAAGGUGGCGGACACCUGGCGGCAGAAGUUGGAGACGUUGCAAGCCUUUACAAUCACCGAUCUACAAGCUUAUCAAGCAGAUGUCCGUGGGGCUCUACAGAACGGUCCAUUUCUGGGUAUCGAGGGCAGUGGCUUGAAGGAGUAUACGCUGUCAGAAUACCUCCAGCUCGAGAAGAAUGUUAUUGCAAAUAGCAAGCGUCUUGUUCAGCCCGGCAUUGCCUUGGCUGCACUGUACAGAGAGACCGCAAGGAAGGAACCGGGAACCAAGAUGAUUGAAGUGAACGGGCGUAAUACCUCUGUCAAGGCGUACACGAAUGAGCAGAUAGAGGGUGCAGCGGAGG